AAUGAAACCCGCCAUCUUGUCGCGCCGAGCAAGAGAAGAAGAUAUGGCUGACUAUAGCAGCGUGGCUCCACCGUCCUCUAACGCCGGUGGCGGGAUGAACGAUGCUUUUAAAGACGCUCUGCAGCGAGCACGACAGAUCGCAGCGAAGAUCGGUGGUGAUGGCGUUGCGGCACCUCCAACAAAUGAAUUUGGCUACGGAGGCCAGAAAAGGCCCCUGGAGGACGCUGGUGGGUAUUUUCCCAUGCCUAACCUGAAUAUCGACCAACCAGAGACGAAGAAAGUGGCUACAAACGACGCCUUUUCAGCAAUGGGAGGAAUGGGUGGUCCCCCAAGGUCAGCAUCAGAAGAAUUCAAGGUUCCAGAUGGAAUGGUUGGAUUCAUUAUUGGAAGAGGAGGCGAGCAAAUAUCACGUCUGCAGCAGGAGUCUGGAUGUAAAAUACAGAUCGCCCCUGACAGCGGAGGGAUGCCAGAUAGGUCGGUGACAUUAACAGGACCACCAGAAUCAAUCCAGGCUGCAAAGAGGCUACUAACAGAGAUAGUUGAGAAGGGACGCCCAGCUCCAGCGUUCCACCACAACGACGGCCCGGGAAUGACCGUUCAGGAGAUUAUGGUCCCUGCCUCUAAAGCAGGACUUGUCAUUGGAAAGGGAGGAGAAACCAUCAAAAGCCUACAGGAAAGAGCCGGAGUGAAGAUGGUCAUGAUCCAAGACGGACCCCAAAACACAGGCGCAGACAAGCCACUCCGCAUUUCAGGAGAACCCUUUAAAGUUCAGCAAGCCAAAGAGAUGGUGAUGGAGCUUAUCAGAGACCAGGGUUUCAGGGAGCAGAGGGGCGAGUAUGGUUCGAGGAUCGGAGGGGGAGGAGGCGGAGGCGAUAGCUUAGACGUUCCCGUCCCCCGGUUUGCAGUAGGAAUUGUCAUCGGCAGAAAUGGAGAGAUGAUCAAGAAAAUACAGAAUGACACAGGUGUCAGGAUUCAGUUUAAACCAGAUGAUGGCAGCACACCAGACAGGAUAGCACAGAUCAUGGGUCCUCCUGACCAGGCUCAGCACGCGGCAGAAAUUAUAUCUGACCUGCUGAGGAGCGUCCAGGCUGGAGGACCUCCAGGACAUGGCGGCGGCAGAGGGCGUGGUCGUGGGCAGGGCAACUGGAACAUGGGCCCCCCUGGUGGCCUGCAGGAGUUUACCUUCACCGUCCCCACUAUGAAGACCGGCCUCAUCAUUGGAAAAGGUGGGGAGACAAUCAAAGGCAUCAGCCAGCAGUCUGGAGCCAGGAUCGAGCUACAGAGGAAUCCUCCACCCAACGCUGAUCCCAACAUCAAAAUGUUCACAGUCAGAGGCUCUCCUCAACAGAUCGACUACGCCAGGCAGCUGGUGGAGGAGAAAAUCGGGGGACCAGUCACUCCAAUGGGUGGCCCACAUGGCCCCCCUGGUCCACAUGGAGGUCCAGGCCCACACGGUCCCCCUGGACCACCUGGACCCCCCGGGGCUCCAAUGGGUCCGUACAACCCCGGACCAUACAACCAGGGACCUCCGGGACCACAUGGUCCUCCUGCACCUUACCAGCCUCAGGGAUGGGGCAAUGGCUACCCACAUUGGCAGCAGGGACAACCUGAUCCAAAUAAAGCAGCAGCUGAUGCCAACGCAGCAGCGUGGGCAGCCUACUAUGCUCAGUACAGCCAGCAGCCGCAGGCUCCAAUGACCCCAACAAGUGGAGCUCCUGGCACGACUCAAACCAAUGGCCAAGGUGACCCACAGGCUGCAGGUCAGAGUGGACAGGCAGAUUACACCAAGGCCUGGGAGGAAUAUUACAAGAAAAUGGGUCAACAGAGUCAGCAACCUCAGGACUACACGAAAGCCUGGGAGGAGUAUUACAAGAAACAAGGUCAAGCUGCUCCUCAGGCCACGGCAGCCGCUGCAGCCUCCCAGCCUGGAGGUCAGCCAGACUACAGCGCUGCCUGGGCAGAGUACUACCGGCAGCAGGCUGCUUACUAUGGCACAGCCAACCCUCAGACGAUGGGUGCAGCACCACAAGCCCCUCAGGGCCAGUAAUGUGAAGUGGACAUAAAGUAAAUGCUACAUUGUCGAAACAAAAUCCUUUGUUAAAUGUUUGGAUGCAGACGCCUUGAUGAAGAUCUUAAAUUUCCUUGGUUUGAAAGUGUUUCACAUAGAUGGCAGAUUUCCCGGCGAACACGUCCUCUCUCUCUUUUUUUUUUGUUUUUUUUUUGUUUUUGUUUUUUCCUGUAAAUGCUUUGUUUUUAGUGAGGUAAUUAUACAUAUAGUCAUUCCAGCCCUGUAUCUACAUUAAAUGUGGUUAGAACUCAUGUUUAUUGAACUGUUGACAUUACCAUGUAAAUCAUCUCAGUUUUAAAAUGCUAUUACCUGUUGUGUUUUUGCAAUAAAACAAACUGAAACCUCCUGUGUUGGUAAGUUGGGGUGGUUUUAAAACCAAGAGGGUUGAGAUGAAUUUCUGUCUGUUUUUGUUUUACUUGGGGGGGAGGGGGGAGUCUGAAAUGCGGGCCACAUUGUGGGUUUAAUUGUCCAAAAUGGUUGACUCAAAGUUGUGCUGUCCUGUCUCUCUCCAACUGUCUAUAAGGCUCUUAAAUACAUUAUGUGCGUGCAAUGAUCCUGAAUAACUCAGACCAACAGACGUCCUCUUGUCCAUAGACAUUUUUUUACACUUCCUGUUUCCUGACAUUGCUUUGACUUUAGCUGUAGACAGAUGUUUGUCUUAAGAAAGUUGACUGGUAUCUGUGUAUCGUAACUCAUGCAUUAACCGCGUUGCUGUGGCACUCUUUUAAAUUUUUUGCCUGGUUUGCUGACAUUGUUGAGGUAGUAUGCACUGUAUUUUGCCUUGAUAGACACUUCCUCCUCCACAGGCCAGUUUAGAAAAGCGGUAAGCAAGUACAUUAUUUUCAACAUUUUCCUCAGAAAACGUGGUUGCAAGAAAUGUUGCAUAUUUUUAGUGUUAUAAAUAUAUAUAUAUAUAUAUUUUUGUGCUGUUCUUUUUCCAGGACAGUCAGGUAAAUUGCCACUGUAUCGAAAAUGCAUUGAAACGUUUGUCUUGCCCAUUUCCAGUUGUGAACUAACUCACAUGUAUAAAUUUGUUUUUUAAAAGAAUGUUUUUUUAAUAUAAAAACAUUGCAAAAAAGAAAGUUUUUGCUGUGCCCAUUCUGUUAGUGUUUAUCCAGUAUAAGAACAUAGAUGUUGUAGGGUCGGGGGAGGCUAAGCAGUCUUCAUCCAUCAGUUGAGCCCUCCUAUACUGUAAGUACAAAACUCUGACUCUGAGAGAUACACGCCUUUUUUGAUGCUUUUUAAACUGCAAAAGAUGUAGUACUUUUGUCAAAUAUUGCCAUUUUCCCCAUGCCUUUGGGUAAGUAUCAAAUGUUCUGAGGAGAGGCUUUUAGUACUUUAGACUUUGAUUCUUGUACCACAUGUUUCUGAGACUUGUUCCCCUUGUGACCCAUGACUGCAUAACAUCCAGACUGAAUCUUUACAGUAUGUUGAUUCUUUGUAGAUUGUUCUAGAUGAUACGUGUAGGUAGCCAUUCAGUGCCAGGGGAAUUUCUGAACUGAGGGUUUGAAUGUCAGCAUUCUUCCACUGCUGGUAGGAACUGUUUAAGGAUGUCCAUGUGGUUUUUUUGUUUUGUUUUUUGCGUUUUGAAUAUCUGACCUGCCAAGUGCCAUUGUCUAGUUGAGACUCAUGUUUUCAAAUGCCAUUUAUUGCAACAUAUUGCUUAGAAAAGUCCUUCUGCAUAACUCCAGCGAAGCAUGCUUAGGUUUCUGCUGUUAUUUCUGAAAUGUCCUAUAAUGAGCAUGUGGAAUGCUAGUAGUGGAAGUGCUUCUGACUAGUCCAGUAUUGAUUAUGCCAUUUUCUGAAUGAGCACUGUUGUUGAAAGGCUGUUAAUUUGAAGGUCAAAACAAUCUUUGACUGCAUUGUUCACUGAUGGCAAACAGUGCAAUAUAUCUGAUCUUUGCAGUGUCAUCCCAGACCUUGCACCUUAGGUUCUGCUGCAAUAACACAGGUAAGCGAAACCUAAGGAAACCAGUGUUUUUGUCCAGUGACAUGACCAAUAUACAUGCAAAGAAAUGCUUACCUGUGUCGUUAACAUGCAUUCAUGCUUAGUCGUAAAGGAAUGUGCAGGAUAUUUAAGUUAUGAACAGCCCUUUUUUUAAAAGAUGAUCCUCUUUCAUGAAUGAACUGCAUGAUAUGAGUUGUAUGACUUGUUACAUGAAGUUUGAUUUUUCAAAAAGUGACUUUAUCCAGACAAAGUUGUGUAGGUUCACUGAGGAAAUGUUGUCAUUGUCGUAUGUGCUUAAUAUUUGGUUAAUAGCCUUAUGUUUGCAUCCCGGUAAGUCUGACGGUGAAUGUACAAUCGAUGCUUUAGGCAACUUGACACUGGUAUAACAAGCUGCAUGCCAUGCAAACCUGUUGCCAGAAGUAAGCAAUGUGCUCAACUGCUAGGUCAAAAACCGUGAAAUACAUGAAUUUUAAAAAGUUAUGAUUAUUUUAUUCUGUCGUGGUGUGAAUCUAUCCUCAAAGUGCAGUGCAAAUCUACUAUUGAAACACUGCUGCCUUCACUUCUCGCUCACAGUGUUGGAGGACGCUGCAAGCUUAGGUCGUAGAGUCAGGCCCUGUCGUAGUUUGUCCCCAAAAGGAGGAAUCCUUUGAGUCAAUCCCACUGCUGAACGUAGACCGUUCAAGAGCUCCAGUGAUAAGGUAAAAGAAAA